AUGGCGCCGCGGCGCGGCGGGCCGGUGGGCUACGCGUUACUGGGCGGGCAGGUCGCGUUACUGCUCGGUAACCUGCUGCUGCUGCAAGGCUCCUCCCGCGGCCUCCCCCAUAACGGCACCGAGGCCGAGGCGCCCGGGCCGGGGUCCCCCGCCUCCACUUGGGCCUACACCGACCCGCGGGCGCCGCUCGUCCUCUGUACCUACCUCCCCGAGGAGUUCGUGGAGUGCGAGGAGCCGGUGGAUCACGGCGGGAACGCCACGGCGCAGCAGGAGCUGGGUCACGGCUGCGUGAAGUUCGGCGGACAGGCCUACGGCGAGGUGGACCGCACCCGGGUGCAGUGCCGAGCGCUGGACGGUAUCGAGUGCGCCGAGCCGCGGAGCUUCCUGCGGGGCAGCAGGCCCUGCGUCAAGUACACUGGGCACUACUUCAUAACCACGCUGCUCUACUCGUUUUUCCUGGGUUGCUUCGGAGUGGAUCGGUUCUGCCUGGGCCACACCGGGACCGCUGUGGGGAAACUGCUGACGCUGGGAGGACUGGGGAUCUGGUGGUUCGUGGAUCUGAUUCUCCUCAUCACCGGUGGGCUGAUGCCCAGCGACGGCAGCAACUGGUGCACGGUGUACUGAGAAGGCUGAGCUGGCCCCCACGGAGGUCGACGGCCUCGCCGAGGAGGGGAGAUGGACUCCUCCGCUUGUUCUGCAGCGCCAGAGCGGACUUCUGCCCUGCGCAAACGUGGAUUUACAAAGCUGUAACUUAACGCGCAGAACAGUCGUUCUUGUUGAUUCCUCUGUGCAAGCCUUGGAUGCAAAAUUGUUCGGUAUAUACUUUGCUUGUUUAAAAUAAUCUGGAUUUCCACCUGCCCCAAGCAGGGACAGUUUAAGAAAUCAGACCUUACGAACAGAGGUGGUCAAACAAAUCUUAAUAAAG